AUGGACUACAUAAUCUACAUUGGUGACGAUGUCAUAAUGACUCGUGCGACUCUGAGAAUGAAACACGAGCAAGCUGUUAAGACCGUGCAUGAAGAUCUCAAGUCCAAUUCGAAGGCGAUGUAUUCGCGCGAGGAUCUUACGAAGCUCAGAGUCUCCCUUGAGACUUCCGAUACUCAAGACCUACCAGGUACAGGUACCCGUCUCUUCGAGCCUAUGGCUCCCGACAAGAUUUCGCGGUAUUCUUUUGAUGCAUCGAAAAUGUCAAAAGACGACCGCGAGUUUCAUGGGAUUUACGACACUUGCUACCGACCGCGAAAAGGCACAGCUCGCAUUCCCGAAAGCCACGAUGCCUAA